AAGAACAUCAUAUGCCGCCACGGGAUACCUUACGAGAUCGUUACAGACAAUGGCUCGCAAUUCAUCUCAGCUCGAAGCAGCAAACAAGACGAUUCUCGACGGAAUAAAGAAGCGCCUCGAUGCGAAGAAAGGCCGCUGGGCCGACGAAUUGGAAGGAGUAUUAUGGUCGCAUAGAACAACGCCGCGGCGAGCCACAGGAGAAACACCUUUCGCCCUCGUUUACGGUACGGAAUGCGUGAUUCCCACCGAAGCCGAGAUCCCGGGAAUAAGAAGACGUCUGCUUCCCGAGCAGGAAAACUCCAACACUCAGAUGAUGCUAGACGAGCUGGACUUAAUCGACGAGAGAAGAGAUUCAGCCUUGGUCCGUAUGCAGAACUAUCAGAAUGCUACAGCUCGGUAUUACAAUUCACACGUUAAGCAACGCCGCUUCCACGAAGGAGAUCUCGUACUACGAAAAGUUUUUCAGAACACUGCCGAGCUAAACGCUGGAAAGCUCGGAGCAAAUUGGGAAGGACCUUACACGAUCGCGAAGGUCGUACGUCCCGGCGUCUACGAACUCAUCAACAUGAACGGCAAAGCGGUACCCAGAUCCUGGAACGCAAUGCAUCUCAGGAAGUAUUACCGCUAAGAACCUAAGGUACGCAUGUACUUGAAC